GAAUUCUGUAACUUUGUGAACACAUCACCAGUGAACGAUUCACCGUGAACUGUUCACGCAAGCUGCUUCACGACUGCUAGAAUUGCGAUUCUGUAACUGUGAGUGAAGCAAAAAUGUCAACACACUGAAUAGCCAUCUGCUGGAAUGUCAUUUUUUUGUAACUUUCCUUGUGUACACGCGGUAUCGAAGGUGUUUUAUGUUGAAAAGUGCGAAAAAUACAAAAUAUACUGAUUCUGAAAAGUAAAAAAAUGGAUAUUCUUGGUUUGAUGAUGAUACGGCGGGCACGAGAACAGCGGAGGCAGAGACAGGCGCGUGUCUUGUUGAGAGAAUUGAGGAACUCAUAUAAUCCUUUAGAAGAUCUCUCAGACAGGGAUUUUAAGCUACUGUUUCGCUUGACAAAGCCACUCUGCAGGACUUUUCUUGACCACAUUCUCCCGUUCAUGGAAGAGAGGCAGAGAGAAACAGGACUUACGAAAGAACAAAGAGUCUUUUGUGCCAUAAGAUUCUUUGCAGUCGGAUCCUACCAACGCCCUAUUGGCCAAGAAACCCGGAUUUGCCUGUCACAAGCCUCUGUCUCUCGGUGUGUGUCAGAGGUGUCAGAUAUAAUUGAUGAAUUUCUGGCACCUCAAUUCAUAAGCUUCCCUGCAACCGAAACAGAAAAAGAUGAAAUAAAACAAGAAUUUUAUGAGAGGUUUGGAAUCCCCGGAAUUAUUGGACUCAUAGAUGGUACCCAUAUCCUAAUAAAAAGGCCACCAAACAAUAUUGAACACGCAUAUUAUGCAGUUCGAAAAUCAUCGCACUCAAAGAACGUUCAAAUUAUAAGUGGAGCAAAUCUAAAAAUUUUGAACGUGAAUGCUGCCUUUGGAGGUGCUGCCCAUGAUAGUUUCGUGUUCAAAAGCUCCUCAGUAAGCACAUUUUUAAAAGACAACUAUUUCAGGGGUGAUAGGAGCAGUUGGAUUCUUGGUGAUAGUGGAUAUCCACAGCUUCCGUGGCUAAUGACUCCUUUGUCCAAUACCCACAAUGCAGCCGAAGAAAGGUACAACAUUGUUCACAAGAGGACACGUUCUGUGAUUGAAAGAUGUAUUGGGGUUUUAAAAAGUAGGUUCAGAUGCCUUUCAAAACAAAGGAUACUUAUGUACUCCCCUAAAAGGGCAGGAGCUAUAAUAAACUCUUGCUGCACUCUCCAUAAUAUUAUGGUUCAACAAUAUUAUCCUUUACCCAGUGAAGAUGACAUCAUGCUGGAAAUUCAGGAAGAUCAACAGGAAUAUUUUGAAGAUCAGCAUAAUGAAACAUCUACGCUUUUACAGCAAGGAAGGAGACAGAGGGAGCACCUUAUAAGGAGUGUAUUUUAAUUGAUGAAAGAUUCAAAUAAAUUGGUGAAAUUAAUGAAUUCAAAAACAUUUUAUUACAUUUAUAUUUAUACAGAAUUCAAUAAAUUGCUCUUUUUCCAUUAGAACAGUUUUAUAAAUAUAAACGUAUUUAUUUAUUUUGUAACGCAAGUAUUGCCUUUUUAAAUAAUCACAAAAGAAACAAAUUAGCUAAUUCAAUGGUUUUUUUUUUUGUAUUGUU